AAAAUCAGCAAAAAUGGGCAAAGGCGAUCCUAAGAAGCCGAGAGGUAAAAUGUCUUCAUAUGCCUUCUUUGUGCAAACCUGCCGGGAGGAGCACAAGAAGAAACAUCCAGAUGCUUCAGUGAACUUCUCAGAGUUCUCAAAAAAAUGCUCAGAACGAUGGAAGACUAUGUCUUCUAAGGAGAAAGGGAAGUUUGAAGAUAUGGCAAAGGCUGACAAGCUUCGUUAUGAAAAAGAAAUGAAAAACUAUGUACCACCUAAGGGGGAAACAAAAAAGAAGUUCAAGGACCCAAAUGCACCGAAGAGGCCUCCUUCGGCUUUUUUCUUGUUUUGCUCUGAGUUUCGUCCAAAAAUCAAAGGAGAACAUCCUGGUCUGUCCAUUGGAGAUGUCGCAAAGAAACUGGGAGAGAUGUGGAACAACACCGCUGCAGACGAUAAACAGCCUUAUGAAAAAAAGGCUGCUAAGCUGAAGGAGAAGUAUGAAAAGGAUAUUGCUGCAUACCGGGCCAAAGGGAAGGUUGAUGGAGGCAAAAAAGUAGUUGCCAAGGCUGAGAAGAGCAAGAAGAAGAAGGAGGAGGAGGAAGAUGAGGAUGAAGAUGAAGAGGAUGAAGAUGAUGAAGAGGAGGAAGAAGAGGAGGAUGAAGAUGAUGAUGAUGAUGAAUAAGUCUCUUUUAGAGCAAUUUCUUUCUUGUCUAUAAAGCAUUUAACCCCCCUGUACACAAUUCACUCCUUUUAAAGAAAACAAAAUUGAAAUGUAAGGCUGUGUAAGAUUUGUUUUUAAACUGUACAGUGUCUCUUUUUUUGUAUAGUUAACACACUACCGAAUGUGUCUUUAGAUAGCCCUGUCCUUAGUGGUAUUUCAAUGGCCACUAACCUUGCCUGGUACAGUGUGGGGGUUGUAAAUUGGCAUGGGAGUUAUAAAGCAGGUUCUUGUUGGUGCACAGCACAAAUUAGUUAUAUUCGGGGAUGUAGUUCAUUUCUCAUCUUCAGUUGUCUCUGAUGCAUCAUAAAAAUAAUUGUUGUUCUGUUAACUGAAUACCACUCUGUAAUUGCAAAAAAAGAAGAAAAAAAGUUGCAGCUGUUUUGUUGACAUUCUGAAUGCUUCUAAGUAAAUACAAUUUUUUUUUAUUAGUAUUGUUGUCCUUUUAAUAGGUGCCCUUGAGAAUCACACUUUUUCUUUUCUCUCUUUUUUUUUUUUUUUUUUUUUUUGAGGGGAACUCAUCUUUUGCUUUAUUGAAUGCCCAUAUGGGAUCACGGGAAUAUUACAGUUUUCAUCUUUCAUAUAACCAGCUGAUAAACAAAGCUUUGAUCUGCAUACCCUGCAUUAUCAUGAUAGGGUAAGAAAAGAAAUAUAUAGGCAUAUGAUGAAAGAAUAUACUUCCAUAACUGGAAACAAAACAAAAAAAAAUUCAAUCUCAGCAAACUGAUACUUGUUCUGAUUUUUGUGAAAUGUAAUAUUCUAUUGAGUUGCAUGAAUUUACCAGUCUUGGAGAGUUGAGAAGUACAGAGUUCAAUUUUACAGAAAUUAAAUACUUUGGGGGGUGGGGAGGGAGGGAAUGUUAAAUUUUGUCCUAGAAGGACCCAUAGGAAGAGUGUAUGUCCAUCCGGUGUAGAGAAAUUUACAUGUGUGACUCUGUUACCAUGUAAUGGAAGUUAUAUUUGUAAAUCUCUGAACACCUGAGAGCGAUGAGCGUACCUAAAAUGUGUAAAGUUAAAAGCAUGAAAUGACCAUAUUAUUUUUUGGUGACAGGUCUGGUGAUGGCCACGGGCUUUAUACCAUGAAACUCCUGGUAGUAAAUGGCCCACAAGAAAUGAAUUUUCUUUCUAAGAUUUCUAUAAAUGAUACCAUUAUUAUUUGUUAAAUCUAUGUAAAUUCAUAUUUGUAUUCUUGAAAUUCUAGUUUUAGCCCUUUAAAAAAAGUUGUAUAUUGUCUCAAAUUGAAAAUGAGAUAAGAUGUAUUUUUCCUGUUAGGUUUUAUACCGCACUCUUGAUGUUUGCCCAUUUUUAAGUUAAAUAUAGUUGUAUGGAAAAGUACAUUUUAUUAAAUUUUGCAUUAAAAAGUUAAAUGUUUAUGGUAUACCAACAAUGUCUAAUUUGGUCAAAUACAGUUCUCUUCCAAAACCAAAGCUAAGGGGUUUUUUGCAUAUUUAGUAAAACUUCAAGUGCUGGCAGCUGUAACUAUUUUCACAUAUACCUGCUUACCAGUUUGGGGGACAAUUUGGCAAUUUUGUGGUUACAAAAUUAUGGUUCUCUUAAGUGCCAGUGUUUAAAAAAAAAAAAGCAUUCUUGUAAUUUUACACGCUUUUGUGAUGGAGUAUUGUUUUGUUAUACAAUUUUGACUUUCAGAUUCUUAUUUCAAUUUGCAUUUAUGUAUAACUUCAGGAGAAAUAUUGAACAUCUGAAAUCCUGGAUGAUACUAAUAAACUAAUAAUUGCAGAGGUUUUAAAUACUUAAGUUAAAUGGCUCACUUAAUAUCCGAAGGAUUUGGGGGUUUUUUGUGUGUUGGUGUUCUCAGAUAUGUACAUUCCUGCUUUCUGUUUCAAGCAGAAGAAUAAUGCUGUUUGCAAGGUCUCGAUAUAGAAAGCUUAGGACAGACAGACUUUUUUGUCUCCUUAAACUGGAUAUUACACAUUCAAAUGCUCGUAACUGAUGACAAAUAAAUUUUCUGUGCUGAAGGGUUUUUUUGUUUCCCCAGGUCAUCAGAGGAAAGUAGACACAUUUCUUGUUCUUGGAACAAACAUACUAAAUGAGAUCCCUAUAGUCUUGUGCCAUUGUUCUCAGUGCUUGAUGCUGACAAGAAGUAACCUAGAGGAUUCAACUGAACUUAAAAGAGUAGCUAGUGCUUACCUGGCAGCCAGGCGUGGCCUAUGCCUUGUCUUUGGGGUUAGAACAUUGAGAAAGUGUGUCAAGGCUGAAGAGGGUAGGUAAUACAAUAACUAUAAAUGCUAGAACUGCCUGUUUUAGUGCUGCAGAGGCUGAUGUUGGGUGGGAGCAGCACCAGCACUUAAAUAAUCCUCUUGGUCAAAACUGAUUCUUGACACAGAUAGGUCGGACUUGACCAUUCCAAGAUUCCUUGAUCUGAGGUCAGUUACUACUGACAUUUGAGCUUGAAUAUGCCUCCCCUUGAUCUUUAAAAGUGACUGCUUUCUGGGGAAUAAUGAGCAGUGAAAUUGCAAUUGUUUAGGCAGUGGUUGCCUACAAGGGAAUUAGACAGCACUGGCAUCACUGUCAAAACAGUAAAAAAGCAUUUCCUACACGUUUAACCUUCACGUAAAUGCUAAAUGCCUGAUGUAGAGGAGAAAAAAGGCUUUUCCUGUUCUAAACAACAAAAAUGUUUUGGUCUGGAGAGAACUUGAAUGCUAAUAAGUGGUAGUAAUGAUACCUUGAAUGCCAAAUGGAGCCAGAAUGAUUUUAUGGCUGUUUAUCUCAAGUUGGUUCUGAAAGGAGGUACAGCUGCAGCCACCUGCCUUCCAGGUACACUCUGUAACUUUAAACUGGUUUAACUAAACAGAGGCAGCGUUCAAUCUCUUCUGCCGAGCUUUCAGCAAUCACACCACCCGUAGUAAAAAGUUGAGCUAAUUUCACAAAAAGUUUCUGUCCAGGCAGAUGGGCCCCUGCAAAGCUAAACUAAUGGGUAUAAAGUGGCUGAUUUCUGCAGCCUAAUUAGGGUGCUGUUGGCACUGCCGACACUGAGUCUCUUCACAGCUGCUUUUAUCAGUGUAACCAGCCCAUCGUGAAGGAGGAGAAGGGCUGAGUAAUAGCUGGGUUUAGGCUUGCUAGAAAGCGGCAAGAUGGAUUUGACUGACUCCUCAAGAAGAGGAGCCAGGCAGACUGCAGCCACAGCAUUAGGUUCUCUAGAUGGGUGACAAGCCCAGCUUGGAAAAAAACUCUCCUAAUUCUUGCUAGCCUAAGGGUUAGACCUGUUAGUUAGAGUAAACAUUCCCAUUCUGCCUUCCCAGCUAUGCCUGACAGGAGAUUAAAGGAAUAAAGACAAUGUGCUGUGUUGGGUUAUAAUGUUGGGUUAUUCAAUACAGUGUCUGUAACAGAGACAUGGCAAAAUACAAAGAUAGUAUUUAAUUCCAGAGACGAUUAAUUUUCACUGUUUCCUUGCUGUACCAUUACAGGCUUUUAGGACUCAAAUGUACCAAUUGUUUCAUUAAUAACAGAAAAAUGCCAAAUACUGUCAAACAACAUUGCUUUAUGAUAUUCUUUAGCUUACAGGUCUGCCCUUGACUACAGAUCACAUCUUUUUGGGGCUGCUUUAGAAGAAAAUAACAGUGUGUGCCAUUUUCCUUUGUCAGGCUGCAGUAGACAUUAUUUUAGUACCUGAAAUACAUUAAGGGACGUUUUACAAAUGUGUUAGUCCAACGUGGUACCUAAGUGUGGGUAUGUGUUUUCCUCAGACUUUGCUACUGGAUUGCACCCUACAUCUGAAAACCACUUUUGAGAUGGUAUUAAUUUAGUCUAGAAUAGAUUCACUUUAAAUUAACACCAGCCUUUAUUCCAAAAUAAUGUACUUGUAGACAAGCUGUCAGACUUUCUUCCGAUAUUGGAAUAAGAAAAAACAGGAAAAGUAAAUCUCUGAGAGUUUUUUAUCA